AUGAAGUUCUCCAUCAUCCUCGCCGCCGCCGCCACGGCCGUCGUCGCCCAGGACCUCUCUAAUUUCCCCUCCUGCGCCGUCGGAUGUAUCCAAAGUGCCAUUGCUUCUUCCGGCUGUGGCAGCGACGAGUCCUGCCAGUGCGGCUCGAAGAAGGCCGAAAUUAGCAACGCCGCUACUCCUUGCUUGCUCGAGAAGUGCACCAACUCUGACGACCUCUCCAAGGCUGCCACCGAAGGCAACAACCUAUGCAAGAACGUCACAACCACCACCCCGACCACCACUCACGCCGGCAACUCUUCGUCCCCUGCCACAACCAAGGCCGCCUCGACAACCGGCGUCAUCGUGUCGAACGGUACCACGUCCGCUGGCUCCCCCAACUCUACCGCCACCAGCACCGGUGGCAGCAGGUCCCCCAGCGGCACCAGCAGCGGCUCUCCUUCUGCCACCUCGGCUACUGGCUCUGGCGCCGCCGCCGUCACUGUCGGCGCCGGUGCUCUGCUUGCUCUUUUCGCUACCGUCAUUGCUUUGUAA